AUGCACAUAAGUUUAAUUCCAGUAGAACUACAGGAUCUAUGGGAUCUUUGGGGCCUAGAAACGCUUGUGCUAUUGAGUUUCACCAUUCAAGUGAUCCUCACAGUGUAUGGAAGCCGCAGAAAAGACAUCCCAGGUAUGUGGAUAAGGAUCACAGUUUGGUUGACCUAUUUGCUGUCUGCUUCUCUUGCAAAAAUCAUCAUAGGCAAGCUUACAGUAAUACCUGAAAGUGAUCCAAACGAACGCAACAUCAAACGAGAACUCAAGGCAUUGUUUGCGCCAUUGCUUCUUGUGCACAUUGGAAAUCCAGAUACCAUAACUGCAUACUCAAUUGAAGAUAACAGAUUGGGACUGAGGCAGUUGCUCACCCUUGUUCUCCAAGUAGCUGUGGUGAUUUGGAUCAUCAUAAAGAGUUGGACACAUUCAGAACUCUCUUUUCUCUACUUGCCAUUACUUAUAUCUGGAUUAAUCAAGCAUGGAGAAGUUGUUUGGGCUCUCAAGUCAGCACUUAGUAAAGGAUCGGGCAUAAUCACAGUUCAAGAGAUUGACCAAGAAGCUAACAUGCCUGCUCUAUUCAGAUUCCUUCCUGAGGAUAUUCCAAACAUAGAGUUGAUUUUAAAGGCGUAUUACCGGUUUAUCUCAUUGAAGCCUCAUCGUGAGCACUGGCUCUACCAGCCUCUAUAUGAAUCACUACCCCACAUGUCUAUAGAUGAGUAUGCUCCAGAAGACAUCUUCCACAUCACAGAUGCAGAACUGAGCUUCAUGUACGAUGUGUUAUACACCAAGGCACCUAUAAUCUACACCAAAGCAGGUUGUAUUCUUCGUGUGCUAAGCUUUUUCCAUUUGGUUAUAACAUUGUGUGGAUUUUCAGUCAUAUUUAGACAAGACUUUUCACGCCAUUGGAAAGCAUGUUUUAUAGUUGGGGUGUUAGGAGGAGCAGUUCUCAUGGAGGUAUACCAGAUUGCACAAUUGCCUUUCUCAGAUUGGGCCAUAAUUCAAAUGAUCGAGCACCAAGAUCUUCCAUUUAUGAUUCCAUGCCUGAGAAUUCUUGGACCCAGAGCCAGGAACUGGAAAAGGUGGUCAAACACAUUGCCACAGUUCAACUUGCUGAGCUUUUGCAUUCAUGACAAGCCAGUAAAGUGUGGAAAAAUUCUAAAAUUCCGGGGCAUUGACAUGGGGUUGAAAAAGAACAGGUGUAGGACACGCAUAAAUUUUCCCCAAGAAUUGAAAGCUCUGAUUGUGCAAGAAAUGAAAGAUAUUGAUGGAGACAGAAGACUAAAGCCUUUCAACCAAAGAGGGGAAUGGUCACUAGGCAGGUAUGGCUCCCACAACGAUAUCAAAUGGAGUGUUAAACGAGACUUCGAUAAGAGCAUCACAAUAUGGCACAUUGCAACAGAUAUAUGCUACCAUUCAGAUGCUCAAUGCAAUGCUUCAAGCUCCAAAGUCCAAAUGACCAGAUUAUUGUCCAAUUACAUGAUGUACCUCCUAGCUAUGCGUCCUCAUAUGUUGUCCACUACCACUGCCACGAUAGUAUUUCAACACGCCUGUGAUAAACUGAAGGGUUUGUUGGCAGAGAAAGAACAAUCUGUAAAAGAUGAAAAAGAAGCAUGUAGGAUUCUGAGAAUGGAAAGAGUUCCACAGUAUUUACAUUCAGAUAGGAAAUUAGAAACUGUUGUCACAUCAAAAUGGCACAUGCUUAGGGAUGCUCAGAGACUGGCUAGGAAUUUGAUGCUAAGGGAGAACAGAUGGCAUAUCAUGUGCAGCGUGUGGGUGGAGAUGUUGUGUUAUGCUGCAGCUAAUUGCUCUAUAGAUUAUCAUUCUGAACAAAUAAGGAGAGGUGGAGGUUUGAUAACACAUGUUUGGAUUCUUUUAGCUCACAAAACUGAUAAAUAUCACAUCAGUGACUAG